UUCUCCUCAUUGGCAUUGGCAAUGAUUAAAUGACAGGGAACCAGUCCUCUGAAACCUCAUACGCACUCCAUGCCGAGCAGACACGCCAAAUACAUAAAUACAUACAUGCAAGAUGGAUAAAAGAAAAGCGUCAUCAUCAGAAGAGUCUCAGUACGGCAGCAAACUGUCAUCCCCAGAAAGCAAACGACUAAAAUCAUCUGACUUCAGAACAGAAGAAUUAAUGGAUAUUGGUCUAUUUUUUGCAGAUAAUCCGAUUACUGUGUUGGAGUUAAAAGAAAAGCUUAAACUUGCACUGGUAAUAUUUCCACAAAAUGACAGAAAAAGUCGUAGGAAUCUUAGAAGUAAAACUGGAGAAAUACCGACGUGUAUAGAGUCACUUUGCAAGUUUACAAAAGAGCAUGUAACUUUUUCCCUGGAGGAUGUUGAUUGGAAUAAGAAAGUAACAUUAGCCCCAAAAUUUCAAAAUGAACUUAAAGUAUUUGAAAGAGAAGCGAUCAAAGACCUCCAGGAGGCAAAAAAACAUUUAAUGGAAUUUUCCGAAGAAAUUCUGAAUGGUGAGACUGAUGAGUCUGGUCUGAUGGCUGACAAACUUGGUAAAAGAAUGUUUUUGGAUUGGUCUAAGAAUACAUCGAGAUUUCUUGCUGAGAUAAAGAAAGUCCUAGAAAAGUUAGGUUUACCAUUGGAAGUACCACCUGAACCAAUUAGAGAUAAAAUUGACGAAGUUAUUUUAAGGGAAAGUGUUUUCACCAGUUUGUUCAUGAAGUUUACAGAAAUCUUUUUCCUACAGCCAGACAUUGGAGUUAACCGAAAGAUUUCUAUAAAGAUAAGGAAUAAGUCUGUUGGAUGUAUUCCUGAUGUAAGAUUUUAUCAACAUAUACAUAAAUCCGAAGAAGGAAGAUCCUGUUUGUUGUUAAUGCUGGCUGAGGUGAAAAAAGAUGCAUUAAAGAUGCAAGAUGAUAAUGAUGACGCCAAACCCCCUUGGAUAGAAAAACAUUUAAAAAAGCAGGUACUUGGACAGAUUGGAUCACAGCUUUUAUCAGAAUGUUGGCACUCUGUGUUUGUUCCUAAGAGUCUAGGUAUUGUUUGCAUGGGGACAGAGAUAAUUUUUCUGUACAUGGACACAGAGUUCAACCAUUAUGAGGCAUUGAUGGCAAACAACAUAACAGACAGUCAUAGGUCAACAAUAUACUACACAAAAUCGUUUGAUAUAAUGAAAAUGGAGUCUAGAAAUGAGUUAGUUGAUUUUUUAUUCUGGUUGGGGUGUUUACAGAUACAAGAUUUUAAUGAAUACUUUUGUGUUUAAGAUCUUAAGGUUAUGAUAGAAAUAUCAUGGUUCUGGUACAGUGAUAUUGUUUGCCUUAAAUUAGUGCAGAAUAAAGGCUUUUUCCCCCAGAGAAGAAUCCCAAUUUGAAAAAAAAAAUGGCGUAAAAUUAUUCCCAAAAAGACAACUUCUUUCCCAAACGGUGCAGUUUCAGUAGUAAUUGUGCACGAAUAUAAACUGAAAGACACUCAUUUAUACAUUUUUCAUGCCUAAAAUGAGUAUAUGUGCAGAUUUGAGGGUCUAUUUAUGUAUCAUCACUGACAAAAAGGGGUGUUAUUUCAAAGCAGGGUUUGACUCUUGAAAGGGGUCUGUAAAUUGAAGUUUCAGUCAAAUUCAUGGUUUAUUCUAAAUUUUCCAAAUGAAUGAAAAUUGAGCAUAUUUUUCCAAUAAAAAAGGGUAGAGGUAGUUUUGAAUAAAGCCAACACUAUAUCUGUGGUAAAAAAAAGUGAAGCAACUGGUUAAUUGACAUUUUAUCCAGUGAACAAAAACUGGAUCUGGUUAGAAUCUGGUUUUUUACUUUUUGUAAGGUUGUGUGGUGUGCAUAUUAGGGUUACAAAUGUAGUGGGAUAAGGAAAAAUAGUCAGGUUUUGUUUAUUUGAUAAAUGAUAAAUGCCCCUGCCACAGUGGGAGACGCAUUCAGUGUAACCCAUGUCCGUACGUUCAUCAGUAUGUAUCUCUCAAAAUUUGUUUUCCAUUCUCUUACUUUAGUUUCCCUCAACCAAAUAUUAUAAAUUAGUUACACAAUGCUUUUUACUUUAAAAUACAUAUCAUACUGGAAUUUGGGUGGCGUUUACUUUUACCUAGUUAUUCCCAUUUUUAAUGAUAUGCAAGUACGGCAUCAUCUGUGACCCAUAGACACAUUCUCCUUUUUUUUUUUUUAAUACUAAGGAUGUAGGCCGUAGUAUAAUCCACACAUUCCUCUUGCUUAAUGACACCAAUCAUAUUGCUGUACAUAUUUAAAAUUUAAAAACAAAUAACAUACAGUUUAUAUAUAUAGACUUUCAUUGUUGUAUUCAUUUUUUUUUUCAAUUAAAUUUUUUCCCAGCCUUCCAAGAUUUGAUCUGCUUAUAAAGUAAUGUCAAUAAUCUUUUCUAGCCUCAUUGGCACAUAUUUUUGAAGCCUUAAAGUAUAAUACUGUGAAAGUACUUUAAUUUCAUGGGUAUCAAUUUUCGUGGUUUGAGAAAUAUUAACAUGUUCUUGGGUUUUUAAAUUCGGGGUUUUAGUUUUCUAAAAAAAAGAAAUUGAAAAAUUAAAGCCUUUAGAAACGCUGUGUAAAUCAUAGUGAUAACACUAAUUAACACAAGAUAAAGUGUAAUUAGGCCAUAACCAGAAAUCAGUAUCAUUAACAAAUGCUAUAAACGUAUCUUGAAUUGUCAAAUAAUUCUUAUCAAAAUAAAGCCCAGCAUGAAAUUAUUAUUUCCCAUAUGUACGAGAACUUUGAGGAUUUAAAAUGAACACUUUAUCAUACGAGCAUAUCAAUAAUGGAAAUCUGACUUUCAUCGGAAAAAAAAUAUUUUUAUGAGAAUUAAAAGAUCAAAAGUUGUACAGUUUAGGUUAUUAAAGAUUAAAUUGGUAAAAUCCUGCAUGCAGUUGUAGUUCUGUGACUGCUAUUAAAGUAUUUUUAGAUUCAAGGUUAUUCAAUAUAUUUUCUAGAUCAUAUCAGAAGUCCAACCUUCAUGGGGAUCUUUCCAUGUCUUGAUUCGCACAAUGGUUGUUUUAUUUCGAUGGACACUUAAAUUUGUAGAAAACAAUCAUCAACGAAAACCGUGAAAAUUGGUACCCAAUGAAUUAAAGUACUUUCACAGUAUAUAUAAUUUUUAAACAUAUUUCAGCUUUCAUGUUAUGCUUUAUAAUGUUGCCGCAUAAAAACAAUCAAAUUCUUUAAUUUUUCAUGCCCAUUGUGCUUAAUUGCUAUGUGAAAGUAUUUCAAAACCUGAUUAAAAAAACAAGUGUCAUCCAAAACAGUUAUAGGUGAUAUUUCCUGUUCCCAAUCUCUACACCCUUAAGUUGUUUAUAUUUCAUAUAGCCAUUGUAUAUAAAUACUGUGGAUUAAGAUAUUUAUUUUGAUGUUGAUAGUGUUCCUGAAAAAAUUCCAUUAAGUUUGAACACACUAUGUCAAAAUUUACAUUUUAUUAGCUCACCUGGCCUGUGAGGCCAAGUGAGCUAUUCUCAUCACCUGGCUUCCGACUUCUGUUGUAGUCGUCGUUAAUUUUUUACAUUUUGAAAUUCUUCUAGAGAACCACUGAAUGGAAUUGAACCACACAUGAAUGUUCCUUAUGAGGUGUUGACCAAGUAUUGUUACUUUGUAGCCAAUCCAUUAUCCAAGAUGGCCACCAGUGUGGGACUUAGUUUAACAUAGGACCCUAUAGGAAAUACAUACAAAUGUCUUCUUUUAGAGAACCACUAGAUGAAAAGAAACCAAACAUAGCAUGAAAGUGUCUUAUGACAUGCUCACCAAGUGUUGUUUCUUUGUAGCCGAUCCAUCAUCCAAGAUAGCCACCAGUGAGGGACUUAGUUUAACAUAGGACCCUAUGGGAAAUACAUACAAAUGUCUUCUUAUAGAGAACCACUGAAUGGAAUGAAUCCAAACAUAGCAUGAAUGUUUCUUAUGAUGUGCUGGCCAAGUGUUGUUACUUUGUAGUCGAUCUAUCAUCCAAGAUGGCCACUAGCAGGGGACUUAGUUUAAUAUAGCACCCUAUAGCUAGGAGAAGUGCAUACAAAUGUCUUCUUUUAGAGAACCACAGAAUGGAAUGUAAUAUUAAACCAAUUUGGCCUCAAUCAUUAUUUAAGUAUCUGUUAUGAUUUUAUCUGUUUUUAUAUGAUUUCAAAAGCCCAAGUAAGAGGUGAGCGACACAGGCUCUGGAGAGCCUCUAGUUUAUUAAUGUCAUAUAUAUAGCUUUGUAUGAAAUAAUCGUGAAAUCAUAUAUAUAUAUUUAACUGAAUUUUUUCUAGAUCUACAAAUGCAAUUAUCAAUGCAUGAAAGAAUUUCUAAUUUUUUUAUUGGAUCAGUAUCAUUAUAAAGACCAGUGGUCCAUGUAGUUUUCAUUUGUGGUUAAGAAAUAAUAUCAAGUGUAUAUGAUCAUGACCUGCCUACAAUCUUAGAGGGUCAUUAUGUUUUCAAGUCUGUUGGUCCAUUUGUUUGUCUGUCUUUCCUGGGUCAGGUUUAAGGUUUUGGUCAAGUUAGUUUAGAAUAAAGUUGUCGUCACAUGUUCCUUAUGGUGCAAUCCUUCUAAAUUUUAUGCCAAAGUUUGUUUCAUUGUACCUGAAAAAGGACAGUCUUAGUGUGAAAUCUUGUCCUGUAGACACAUUUUUGUAUAUCUUUAGCUCACAUGACCUACAGGGUCAAUUGAGUUUUUCAUUAUCUUAUCAUUUGGCUGCAGCAGAAUCUCCUGAAACUUUGUCACAAUCAUAGUUUUGGAAUCUUGUUUUAAAAUUGUGCCACUGCCACAGUUGGCAAUCAACAUUGAAUUUUGUCAUGAAUUAUAUUGUCAUCUGCAAUGAUGAACAGUUUCAAUUGUUGAAUAUGCUAAUAGACCAAUGUUAGCUACACAGGUUAAAAUGAAUUGUAAAUAAAUCGAUUUAGGUUACAUUAACCAUGUAAACUAUGAAUUUAAAAUGAUUUUUGUCAAAACAUAUGAACUUGUUCAAACUUUGUUAUAUACAUUGUAAUCAAUAUUUAUAUAUUUAUUUGUCCAUUACAAAAAGUUCUUAAACUCAAGUUUGCCUUUACCAAAUGUUAUGAAACUUAUACCAGUGAUAAUUAGCAUUUUAUUAUAAGACCGCAAAAAUUGAAAAUUUGGUCGUAUAUUAGUAUCACGUUGGCUUCGUCAUCUGCGUCGUCGUUGUCCGAAUACUUUUAGUUUUCGCACUCUAACUUUAGUAAAAGUGAAUAGAAAUCUAUGAAAUUUUAACACAAGGUUUAUGACCACAAAAGGAAGGUUGGAAUUGAUUUUGGAAGUUGAGGUCCCAACAGUUUAGGAAUAAGGGGCCCAAAUAAGCAUUAUUCUUGGUUUUCGCACCAUAACUUUAGUAUAAAUAAAUAGAAAUCUAUGAAAUUUAAACACAAGGUUUAUGACCAUAAAAGGAAGGUUUGGUUCGAUUUUGGGAGUUUAGGAAUAAGGGGCCUAAAGGGUCCAAAAUUGAACUUUGUUUGAUUUCAUCAAAAAUUGAACUUAACAAAAAUUGAAUCCUUGGGGUUCUUUGAUAUGCUGAAUCUAAAAAUGUACUUAGAUUUUUUAUUAUUGGCCCAGUUUUCAAGUUGGUCUAAAUGGGGGUCCAAAAUUUAACUUUGUUUGAUUUCAUCAAAAAAAUGAAAAUUUGGGGUUGUAUGAUAUGCCAAAUCUAACUGUGUAUGUAGAUUCUUAAUUUUUGGUCCCGUUUUCAAAUUGGUCUACAUUAAAGUUUAAAGGGUCCAAAUUUAAACUAAGUUUGAUUUUAACAAAAAUUGAAUUCUUGGGCUUGUUUGAAAUGCUGAAUCUAAACAUGUACGUAGAUUUUUUAUUAUGGGCCCAGUUUUCAAUUAAGUUGGUUCAAAUCAGGAUCCAAAAUUAUUAUAUUAAGUUGAUUAACAGUUGCUUGGGCAAAAUUUGUGAAAUUUUUAAUAAUUAUAGAAUUCCUAUUUUAAGAAACAGUUUAUAUGCAUAAAUUAUUUUAAAAUUGAAGGAAAGGUUCUACAUAUUUUUUCAUUUGAACAUUAUCUGAUUUUUUAUUGUUAAAAUUAACAAAUAUUUUUCAUAUUAAUCAUUGUUUUCUGAAAUAUAUUUUUAUGUUUACCUUUAUAUUGCUUAUACCUCAUGUGUCAGUAUUUUAAUUUUACAAUAAUCAACUAUUUGAUGUACAAUGCAUGUAUAUAUUUGUUCUUUUACCUAAAUAUUUGUGUAGACUUGAUUAUCUGGUUCAUUUAUUAUUUUGCUGUAGAUUUAUCCUUUUAUUAUAUGUAUAUAAUUGGACAUUUAUAUAUGACUUAUUUUGUCAAAUAAAUUUAUGUUAACAA